AUGUACGACUACAAGGGCCCUAUCGAGGGCAUGUAUCAGCCUCGUCCCCAGCCUCGUUCUGGCAAGGCCACCGCCGUCAAAGUGGCCGCUGCAUUUGGUGCCCUGGCUCUCGUCGGCAUUGCAGGCGUCGCCGUUGCCUCUGGCUGUGGCUAUGCUCUUUACACUCAAAAGCCUGUCAACAUGGAGCCCGUCGAGGCAGUCCGGUUCCGCGAGCAGCUCCCCGCCAUUCUGCGCCGCCAGAACGUCGAGAACUCCAUCCCCGGCCUCCAGCCGUACGACUACUCUGUUCCUGUCGACACCGUCGUCAGCGGCUCUGUCGUCUCUGGCGGUGCUGCUGCCCACGCUACCGGCGACGAUGUUUCCUCAAAGACUGGCUUGCCUGUUGGCGUCAGCGUUCCCGUCAUGACCAAUACCUCUGUCAACACCGUCUACAGCAUGCACACCAUGGAGCCUAUCACCACGUCCACCACGACCCUGACCACCACGAUCACCAUUUUCCCCAGUGCAACGCACAGCUGCAAGUCUUCCAAGUCCGACGAGACCGAGACUGUUCUUGUCACCGUCACCGUUAUUCCCAAGCAGUCGCAGGCUCCAGGCUACACCACCCCAUCCGGCGACGUCACAGUCACCGGUGAGCCUGCUACCGUCACGGAUGUGAAAACGGACGUUUCCUAUACCAGCGGCACUCCCGAUGCCACCGUGACUGGCGACCCUGCCACCGUCACAGAUGUGCAAACGGACGUUUCCUACACCAGUGGUACUCCCGAUGCCACCGUGACUGGUGACCCUGCUACCGUGACUAAUGUGCAGACGGACGUCUCCUACACCAGCGGUGCUCCCGACAUCACCGUCUCGGGCCAGCCCGCCACCGUCACCAGUGUCAUCACCAACACGGCAGGCGAGCCCAUGACGACCCUGACCUUUACCAGCAUCCACACCGUCAUUACCACCGUCACGACCGUCACCCGCACCCGCACCCGCAGCAGCAGCGUCGACUUCAAUUCAUCCGUGCUGGGUAUGCCUCACUCUACAACUUCUGGCUUCCCUUCCGGCCCCGUCACCACGCACACCGAGACCGUCACCGUCAGCAAUGGACCGGCAGUGACCAGCACCACCACCAUUGAGCUCCCGGCGCCGUAUGGGGAUGGCUAUCCUACCUCGUACGGAACCGGCCUGCCCAUCAAUGUCACCACCAGCCCGACCUACAUUUCUCCCGUCGUCUCUGCGGGCACGGAGGGCUGUGGCCGCUCUGUGGCUUACCUCGUCAUGGCCGCCAUCGCUGCUGUGUGCUUCAUGUAG